AUGUGUAGGAUUUUUUCAGAUUAUGCAACUUCUCGAAAGCUUGGUCCGAGCUAUCGUGCACUUCCUGAUUCAUACGAGAAGCCACUUUGCUCCGGACGUACACCACUGUGUGAUUCUGUUCUCAACGAUAGAUGGGUUUCGUUCCCAUCCUGGUCAUCCGAGGAGAGCUCCUGUGUGCUUCCCAAGAAAACAGAAUUCGAAGAAUUCAUGUUUCGUACCGAUGAUGAGCGCUAUGAGCUGGACAUUAUCAUUGAAAUAAACAAGACAGUACUGGAUCUUCUACUAGCGGCAGAGGCCCGGAUGUCAAAUAUGACCAAAGAACAGUUAAGCAAGUUCCAGUUGAAUGAAGCUUUGAACGGCGAUUCACCAGCAACAGUGCGAAUGGCCUUAAAAAGAAUUUAUGGUGAACAUGCGCACAAAAUGCUGGAAAGCCUUAUGCAAAAUCCACAAAUUUUGGUGCCAAAAUUGAUCGAUCGAAUGCAAAAAAAGGACGAGGAAUGGCGUACGUUGCGGGGAAAGUGUAACAAAGUGUGGCGUUGUGAAACUGAAAAAUAUUACGCAAAAAGCCUCAGCCAACAAUCAUUCACAUUCAAGCAACGUGAUUACAAGAGGCUUCGACCCAGAAAUAUCAUCAGCCAAUACGAGAACUGGUACGAAGAAGUAAGUUUUUUUUGA